AUGAAGAGAGUUUCAUCAUCAUCCAAAUUCUCUUGGAGAGACCAUUGGUACCCAGUCUCUCUCAUCGAAGACCUUGACCCUGCCCGCCCAACUCCAUUCCAGCUUCUCAACCGCGACCUCGUCCUCUGGCUCGACAAAUCCACCUCACAGUGGGUCGCAUUCGAUGACAAAUGCCCUCACCGCCUCGCUCCUUUAUCUGAAGGAAGAAUAGAUGAAAAUGGGCACUUGCAGUGUUCCUACCACGGGUGGUCGUUUGAUGGGUGUGGAUCCUGUACUCGGAUUCCUCAGGCAUCGCCGGAGGGGCCGGAAGCUCGAGCUGUUCGGUCUCCAAGAGCAUGUGCCACAAGGUUUCCUACUAUGGUGUCUCAGGGUCUGCUUUUUGUUUGGCCUGAUGAGAAUGGGUGGGAACGAGCUGAAGCCACCAAGACUCCUAUGCUGCCUGAUGACUUUGAUAAGCCCGAGUUUUCAACAGUAACAAUUCAGCGCGAUCUGUUCUAUGGCUAUGAUACUCUUAUGGAGAACGUCUCUGAUCCUUCCCACAUUGAUUUUGCUCAUCACAAGGUUACAGGGAGGAGGGAUAGAGCCAAGUCCUUGCCUUUUACGAUGGAGUCUACUGGCCCAUGGGGCUUUGCUGGAUCAAAUGAGGAUAAUCCAAAAAUCAGCGCCAAAUUCGUUGCUCCUUGUUACUACAUCAAUAAGAUAGAGAUUGAUACCAAGCUUCCUAUAGUAGGGGAUCAAAAUUGGGUGAUAUGGAUUUGUUCCUUCAAUGUGCCGAUGGCACCAGGGAAGACCCGUUCAAUUGUUUGUAGUGCUCGAAACUUCUUCCAGUUCACAAUGCCGGGCCCUGCCUGGUGGCAGGUGGUUCCUAGAUGGCAUGAGCACUGGACUUCCAACAAGGUAUAUGAUGGAGACAUGAUUGUGCUUCAGGGUCAAGAGAAGGUCUUUCUUUCAAAGUCGAAAGAGGAUUCUGCUGACAUCAACAAGCAGUACACGAAAAUCACGUUUACACCUACACAAGCUGAUCGUUUCGUCUUGGCAUUUCGCAAUUGGCUGAGGCGACAUGGCAACAGCCAACCCGACUGGUUUGGCGUCACUGACCAACCGCUGCCGUCUAUUGUCUUAUCCAAACGACAGAUGUUGGAUAGAUAUGAACAGCACACACAGAAGUGUUCAUCAUGUAAAAAAGCUUAUACAGCAUUCCGGACGUCGCAGAAAUUCCUAAUUGGUGUAGCUGUUUUAUGCUCUGCAACAGCUGGAAUUCCUUCAGAUAUGCAAUUGCGUAUUAUUUUGGGUGGUCUUGCACUUAUAAGUGCUGGCUUGGCUUACGUGCUACAUGAACUCCAAAAGAAUUUUGUGUUUAUCGAUUAUGUGCAUGCCGAAAUUGAUUGA